AUGACGUCAAGUCAUCUGGCGGACAACACGCCCAGGUCACUGAGCGAAAGCUGGGCAACACUGAGCGCUUCUGACGUUCAUUCUGAGGAUGGCAGCCGCUCUGACCAAACCGACGUUGGGUCUCUAAUCGAUCAAGCCGGGCCGGAUGAUGUUGCGAGUCUCGAUGAGCAGUAUAGCAGCAGCGAGGUUGAUGGGAACGAAGACGACGACUAUGACUCGAAAAGUAACGUUUUUGGAUCUCAGGCACUACCCGCGCUUUUCCCUCAGGUCAGAGGCUCUAUUGAUGAUAGUAACAUAACCACGAAGGCUGCUUUUCGUCAACCAACCGAGUCGAUAGAGUUUACCGAGCCUGAAAAAUGGCCCGAAGUCGAACAGGUGGAACUGAAACACACCAUACGUAUGUUUGAAGGAAUCGAGGCCGAUGAGAUUAAGAGUCAGUUCGCUAUAAACCUGCAGGACUCUAUUCUUACAGCCACCGUUCAACAAACUAUGACGAAGAAGAGUCUUGACACCGAUAAGCCGUUCCGUGUGCUCUAUAUCGGUGAUCCUGAGUUUCGAAACAUCAUCCUCGAUAAAAUCGGGGAUAUAUCAUGUUGUACCGACAUCGUUCGGGACCGGCGCAGUCCUAAUUUCGCUGAGCUCCUUCCAAUCCAUGUCCAACUUAUUGUUGACGAGUGCCCUGGAGCUUCUAUUGGCUUUCGGAACGAUAACCCCGACACUAUUAGGUUGGAUUUCAAAAACCGGCCUUCAUGCACGUCUUUCUGGACCGGGGGCGAGUAUUGCGUCUCAUCCUCAACUGAAUGGACGCUUCCUGAUGUAGCAAUUCUUUUCUUAUCCAGCAGAGAUUCUGCGACUAUGAUGGAGACCCAAAAGCUGGCCCGCAUGUUCAUGGAAAGGCAUGGCAUUCCGACUAUGAUUAUAUCCGAGACACCGCUCUGGGAUCUGGCCAAAUCAAUUCCUCUGAACCAUCAUAGCCUCCACAUGUGUCUGGAGUCUCGUCAUUCGCUGACUGGGAAAGUCACAGUCCUACGAAGGUAUCCUAUUGAUCUAGCGACUUUUGAGAGUAUCACGCCCGGGCAACUCAAUAGGAAUCUUGCCUCCUUGGUGAGCAUCUAUGCUAAGAAUUCUAACAACGUCACCCUGGAAAAUACAGGCAACUUUCAAAGGAAGUCACUCUUCGCUGUGGAGAAGUGGACCACGAGAAUGCCCUUCAUCCCUUACCUGAAUGACGACCGGGAGUUGACACCUGUGCUGCGUUUAAUCGCCCUCACCGUUCUCUUAAGCGUAGCUACCAUUUUAGCGCACUCAGCUUUGCGUGCUACUUCAAUUCUAUUCUCUCAAAAAUUUCCUCAAUCGGUUAUUUCCAAUAUUGUAUCCAAUGCCCCGAGCAGUACUUCUACCAGUAUCAUCACAGAAAAUGAUUUAAAACAAACUUCACUUUCUACACUGUCUUCAUCGGCGACCGAUGUCCAAGUUUUGGGGAACCAGCCCCAGGGUUAUUCUCAGUUGGACAACCUGAUGAGCGGACUGCUGUCCCCUCCUAAGAAGCAGGAGUCCGGUGGCUUUGAGAUUCAGGUUGUUGGCGAUUGCCACCUUGUGAUAAAGCCACCCAAUAUCACGUUGACUGGGAAAAAAAGGCCAAAAUUCGAUGUUCAAGUGAGUCGAGGAGCCAAAGCGCUCGAAUAUGAACUCUCUCGAUUAUUUGAUGGGGUAUACACACUCAAGCUUGAUCGAGGGGAUGCGUACGGGAUAGUAAACGUCACAGUCACUAUGGCUUCGAGGCCUCCUCUCCACCAAACCACAUCGGUAGACUUUGGAACCCCGUGGCUGAAGAUCACAAAUUGGAGGCGGGCAGCGCAGGUAAUCUCAUCCCAGUUUAUGGGAGAUUUCAACACUGCGCAAGUUGGAUUAUCAGAAGUAUACAGUCGUCUUUGCACUGAUUUGCAAGUCCUUAUGGGGGAUGUUGUAAAAAAAACCCAUCUUUUACGCCGAGAAGCAAACGUUCUCCGCCAUGGCACUGGACAACUUUCUGAGAAAAAAGACGUGGUUAUCGCAAGGUCCAAGCAGCUUUCUGAAGUCGUCAGACGUACUGCUGUCCAUCCAUUCCUCGCUGUCUCAUCAGUCCUGCAGGAAAAGACCAUCAAAGUAAACCAGGAGACCCGGGAGAUUAUCAGUGAUACAUGGCAUCGAUUUAGCAACCAAGCGCAAGGAUUUGAACUCAAAUCUGUGAAGAACCAUAUUCGAAAUGCGAGGAAGAGCCAUGCGUUAGACAAGGCCCAGCGGAGAGCUAAGCGCUUGAUGAGGCGAAAGUGCCAACACUCUGAAUGUUUGUGA